AAUAAAGACUCAUCUUAUGCUUCAGUUCUGAGCUCUACUCUGAUCUCUGGUGCCCUCUGGUGGUGAUGACGACAACUUGCAACAAGUCUUGUCCCUCCCUCCCCCCUCCUCUCCCACUAAUCUCGCCUACUCUUUGGUUUGGACGCCUCGAGCCCACCCGUGGGAGUAAAAAGAAAGGAAGAAAGAGGGAAGAAGUGAGGGAAGGAGCGCGCUGCCAGGGGGGAGAAGUGUUCCAGAGGAGAGCGAUAUUGUUUUUCUCCUGAUCUCUGGUCGAUGGAUUUAUCACUGCUAAUACAACAAAACUUUAGCUAGAAAAUCAAGUAAAGCAUGGGUGACUGGAGCUUUCUAGGGCGGCUGCUGGAGAAUGCUCAAGAACACUCCACUGUGAUUGGAAAGGUUUGGCUGACAGUCCUCUUCAUCUUCCGUAUCUUGGUGCUGGGCGCAGCAGCCGAGGAGGUUUGGGGUGACGAGCAGUCCGACUUCACUUGUAACACGCAGCAGCCCGGUUGCGAGAAUGUCUGCUACGACGAGGCUUUCCCGAUCUCCCACAUCCGCUUCUGGGUGCUGCAGAUCAUCUUUGUCUCCACGCCCACCCUCAUCUACCUGGGCCAUGUGCUGCACAUCGUCCGCAUGGAGGAGAAGAGGAGGGAGAGGGAGGAUGAGCUCAGAAAGGCUGGGCGACACCAGGAGGACCACGAUCCUCUCUAUCACAAUGGAGUUGGUGAUGGAGGAGGGGGCAGCGGGAAGAAGGAGAAGCCGCCGAUUCGGGAUGAGCACGGGAAGAUCAGGAUCCGCGGGGCGUUAUUGAGGACGUACAUCUUCAAUAUUAUCUUCAAGACUCUGUUUGAGGUGGGCUUCAUCCUGGGACAGUACUUCCUCUACGGUUUCCAUCUGAGGCCGCUCUAUAAAUGUGGUCGAUGGCCCUGCCCCAACACUGUGGACUGCUUCAUCUCCAGGCCCACUGAAAAGACAAUCUUCAUCAUCUUUAUGUUGGUUGUUGCCUGCGUCUCUCUGGUCCUAAACCUUCUGGAGAUCUACCACCUGGGUUGGAAAAAAGUCAAGCAAGGGGUCACCAACGAGUUUGUACCAGACGCUGAGUCCCUGUUCCUGGGUGGAGAAAAGCCUGGUGAUGCCGACACGAUUCCUGAGCAGACCUCUGGGUCCGCGCUCGAGUGUUUGCCGAUGUACGCCAGCGUGAACGUUAUGAGGGCUGGAGAUGCUGAGAGAGGAGCCUAUGGUCCAGCAGAGGUCCUCUUUGAUCCCAACACCAACUCCACGCCUGCCAGACUCAAGAUGGAAGGCACAGUCUUCCACCCGGAUGACUACCUAAUGGAGGCCUUGCCCACCUCUUUUUAUCACGGUGGAGACAAAGGGAGCAUCGGGAGCCAUGAGCAGGCGAUGGCGAUGGAUCAGAACUGGAGCAACAUGGAACGGGAGCUCCAGAGUCUGGAUGGAAAAUACUCCCCUUCAUCCUUCCCUCCCCCUCUCCCCUCCCCUCCCACCUCUGCCUCCUCCUCUCCUCACCAGGAGACAUUCCCGUCACUUCCACCCGGGGAACAACACUCCAUGUUCCCAACGCUCCCUCUUCGUACCCCUCUAUCGUCCCUCUCGCCUGAGGAGACCGCGGUCGAUGGGGAAAGUAUCAUCCCGACUGCGCCUUGUAUGCCCCUACACGACGACUUCACCAUCAUCACCAGGGCAGAGAUGCACCAGCCUCCGGCUGUUCCAGUGAUAGACAUCCGGAAGCCGAGCCGGGCCAGCAAGAGCAGCGGCAUCAGAGCUCGCCACGAUGACCUGGCAGUGCCGUAUAAUUCAACGCUCUGCCUCCCAUACUACUUUUGGAGGAUUAAAGCACCAGAACCAGGCCUCUUUGUCAAGGGCUGUGUUCUAAAGCUUAAAAGGGCAGCAGCUCCAAUUCUUCAGAUGUUCUCAGUGAGCGUGCGUUCAUGUUCGAAGGACUAAAGACUCCAACGCUCAUGUUUACCAUUUUAUCAAACAACAGAAGGAAAAGCUGAUGAAUGCCGAUGUAAUUCAGCCUCCAGGCUACGCUAACAGUGAACCUCUCCUCUCACUGCUUCUUGAAACCAGCUGGUGUUUGACCUCCUUCUAUGAGAGCUGUCCAGAUGAAUCAAAGGCCUUUCACUUAAAGGCCACACCUGAUUGCCUAAGCCACGCCCCCUACACUAUAAAAGCCUGCACCCAAGCCUUUGUUCCUCCUUUUCCCUCCAAACCUGCCAUGUGCCAGUGACUCCUUUUGUUCAAAUAUUUGUAUCAUGUGGUUUUGAACUAUUACCUGGAGUGGAUGCAUUAUUGAUUGGUGAAGUGUGUGACUGCAUCCUGUAAGCCAACAAGCACAACAGGGAGUGCACUGGCAGUGCAGAGAGCAAGGUGGAUCUUCCUGCAGCCAAGUGGUCCAAGAUGUAAGUAAACUGAAACACUGACGCAUCAAUGUUCAUACGACUUACGAGCUGGAACACAGCAGCAAGACUUGAUGACAAGCUUCUGACAUCAAGAAAAGAUGGCCGCCAUGGGAAUAUGGUCCAUUAAAAUGACCAUCCUCUGCUGACUCCUCCACCCUGCAGUUCUCCACCCUCACAACAUCAGCUGUGGGAUGUAACUGCAGCGGGCACAAACAAAACAGCCUUGGAGGGGUCCUUCAUGU